AUGCCGCCGCCAGUAUCCGGAAGCACGAGCAAAACUGCAGAGGCGUUUUGGGAAGGUACUGUAGUGGCCGUUGAGUGGAUUGUUCGUUAUUGCUCCGUGUCGCAGUCGAACCUAUCGAGUGUAAACCCAGACAAUCCGGAUGCUAGAAAGAAGAUGAUCCAGCUCAAGGCCCAAGAGGCCGACCAGCGCAAACGUGAACGCUCGCUUUUCGCAGGUUUGCGUGGAGUCUGCACCUCAGCUGGCACCGCAGAUUGCAAGGCACCAAAGACAGUGCCGGAGCCUGCGGGGCCCGACUCUUCCGAUGAGGAGACUGCCGUGCAAUGUGGCGAAGACAGCGAUGUCGAGGAGCUGACCCCCGAACAGGAGAAGCUGCUUCAACAGGGACUGACAGACCGGGAAGCCUCUGCACGACUGGUGAGCAGUCUGGGAAUGGCCACCAAGCAGGGUCCAGCAGACCCGCACUUCGUGCAGCCAUCGAACAUGACUGUGGGUCCGGAGGUUUUCUGGGCGCCAGAGAGCUUCCGAGGCAAGAAUGUGAGGAGGAGCUUGGCAGAGGAGAGCUCCUAA